AUGGUCAAGGUUGCUAUUGCGGGCGCAUCUGGAAAGCUGGCCUUGGAAGUCAUCGACAGAUUGGCAAAGACCGGGAAGCAUGAAAUCCUCGGUCUAGUGCGAAAGGACCCUUCCUCUUUGCCCUCCUUCCCCGGAGUGACAUGGGUUCAGACCACGUACCAGGACAAGGCAGACUUGGUCAGGAUUCUCAAUGGCACGCAGACGGUCAUCUCCUUCAUUGUGGCCCAUACGGACCCUGAAGCCGAGACUGCAAAGCGGUUGAUCGACGCAUCGAUCGAGGCGGGGGUUCAGCGGUUCGCCCCUAGCGAAUGGGCGACGGGCGCCUUGUUGGAGAAGGUGGUCGAGUAUGUGCCAUGGUACGCCAACAAGCUGGAGGUCAAACGCUAUCUGGAGGAAGUCAACAAGGAUAAAAAAGUCAUCGAGUACACCUUGUUCCAGCCCGGCGCUUUCAUGAACUUCUUCGCGUACCCUCAUCAGACCGCCAAGCACUACCCGAUCGAGAACCCGAGCUUCUUCGACUUUGAUAAGGGCACGGCCUAUAUACUAGAAGGCUCGGAGACUGCAGAGGUUACCUUGACCACCGUUGAGGACAUUGCGGAGGUGACCACUCGUGCGGUCGAGUAUGCCGGGGAGUGGCCCGUCGUCGGUGGUAUCAGCGGCCAGAGAAUUACCGUCGGUGAGCUUUUGAAGCUGGGUGAAAAGAUCCGAGGCAGCAAAUCACUAACGGAACGCCCUAAAGGAAAAACAUUCGAGGUCGACAGGUUGAAACUGGAGGAUCUCAAGGCUGGCAUCGUGAAGACAAACUUCAUCCCUCCGCUGAACUUGCCCGGCAUGUCCCCGGAGGAACUCGCAGGGUUCACAAAGGUGGUCACAAUCGGCGUCACAGUUUCCCUGGCGAGAGACGCGUGGGCAGUUUCGGACGAGUGGAACCAAUUGUUGCCCGACUUCCAGCCCACUCGUAUCGAGGAGUACCUGGAAAGGGUUUGGGGGGGCGUUCAAUAG